AUGAAUGAAAUAGUAGUUACAAAUAGGAUUGAUGAGAUUGAUUCGAAUUCAAAGAUCGUUGAUGAGAACAGUUCAGUAAUUCCAGGUAAAGAUGAUAUUCCGGUCGCCGGUGAAUGGAUUUUGCUGAUUGCAUUUGAUUUUCCGUGUACAAAUUUUGUCGACGAUAAUGGGUAUAUUCCAGAUGAUUUUGACCAUUCGAUUGCUGUUGAUGGUACAUCUGAACAUGUUAUUGUUGAAGAGUCAGCUAUUCCAGAUAAUGAAGAGUUGUUGGGACUUUCUGUUGGAUCAAUAGAAGAUGCAUUUGUCAUAUACAAUGAUUAUGCGUUUCGUAUGGGAUUUAGUGCUAGAAAGGGCAAACAAUAUUAUGUUACUGGAACUCGGAUUUUAAAGACAAAAAUGUUUUGGUGUUCUAAGUCUGGUUUUAGAAUAAUACCAGAUACUCCUAAUAAGUGUUACUCAAAGAUAGUUACUAGAUCUGGAUGUAACGCAAUGUGUCAGUUUGAUAUAGAUUCAAAUGGGAAUUCGAUUGUUACUAAACAUGUGAAGGAGCAUAACCAUUACCUGUGUCCGGCUUCAUCGAGUUAUAUGCUUAGGUCGCAUAGGAAAGUGUCUGAGAAUCAGUUGACAUGUUUAAAAAACAUGAAGAGGACUGGGGUCCCCUUAUCGGAUGGUAUUCGCUUUUUAAAACGUCAGUCAGGAGGGUCACCGUUUGUUGGAUUUACUCCUAGGAAUGCGUAUAACAUGAUAUCUUCAGAUUCGGUAAAGCAUUUAGAUGGUACUGAUUCUAAUAAUUUGAUUGAGAUAUUUAGAAGGAGACAAAUGGAUGAAUCUGAUUUCUAUUUUGAAUUUGAACUUGAUGAGGAUGCAAGGCUGUGUAACUUUUUCUGGAGGGAUGGUCAAAUGAAUGCUGAUUAUGAUUUGUUUGGUGAUUUAGUUGUACAUGAUACAACAUACCGUACAAAUAGGUAUGAUAUGAUAUGUGCCCCUUUUGUAGGCAUGAAUCAUCAUUGCAUGAAUUUGAUGUUUGGUUGUGGGUUUUUACUCAAUGAGAGGAUAGAGUCGUUUGUCUGGUUGUUCAACGUAUUUGUACGAUCAAUGGGUGGUAAGCAUCCUCAAACAAUAAUGACUGAUCAGUGUGCUGCCAUGGCUGCUGCAAUCGCACAAGUAUUUUCGAAUUCAAAUCAUAGGCUUUGUAUAUGGCACAUCGGGGAGAAUUCGAAGAAGCACAAAAAAAGUCUGAGAAAUUAA